AUGAUACAAAAAACACUGGUCAAAGCUCAACUCUCCCUGUCCUACCUCAGCUCUCCGUCCUACCUCAGCUCUCCUCCAUCCUACCGCAGCUCUCCUCCGUCCUACCUCAGCCCUCCUCCGUCCUACCUCAGCCCUCCUCCGUCCUACCUCAGCCCUCCUCUGUCCUACCUCAGCCCUCCUCUGUCCUACCUCAGCCCUCCUCUGACGUACCUCAGCUCUCCUCUGACGUACCUCAGCUCUCCUCUGACGUACCUCAGCUCUCCUCUGACGUACCUCAGCCCUCCUCUGACGUACCUCAGCCCUCCUCUGUCCUACCUCAGCCCUCCUCUGUCCUACCUCAGCCCUCCUCUGUCCUACCUCAGCCCUCCUCUGACAUACCUCAGCCCUCCUCUGACGUACCUCAGCCCUCCUCUGACGUACCUCAGCCCUCCUCUGUCCUACCUCAGCCCUCCUCUGUCCUACCUCAGCCCUCCUCUGUCCUACCUCAGCCCUCCUCUGACGUACCUCAGCCCUCCUCUGUCCUACCUCAGGCCUCCUCUGACGUACCUCAGCCCUCCUCUGACGUACCUCAGCCCUCCUCCGUCCUACCUCAGCCCUCCUCUGUCCUACCUCAGCUCUCCUCUGUCCUACCUCAGCCCUCCUCUGACGUACCUCAGCCCUCCUCUGAUGUACCUCAGCUCUCCUCUGACGUACCUCAGCUCUCCUCUGACGUACCUCAGCUCUCCUCUGACAUACCUCAGCCCUCCUCUGUCCUACCUCAGCCCUCCUCUGACGUACCUCAGCCCUCCUCUGACGUACCUCAGCCCUCCUCUGUCCUACCUCAGCCCUCCUCUGUCCUACCUCAGCCCUCCUCUGUCCUACCUCAGCCCUCCUCUGACGUACCUCAGCCCUCCUCUGACGUACCUCAGCCCUCCUCUGUCCUACCUCAGCCCUCCUCUGUCCUACCUCAGCCCUCCUCUGACGUACCUCAGCCCUCCUCUGACGUACCUCAGCUCUCCUCUGACGUACCUCAGCUCUCCUCUGACGUACCUCAGCUCUCCUCUGACGUACCUCAGCUCUCCUCUGACAUACCUCUACCCUCCUCUGUCCUACCUCAGCUCUCCUCUGACGUACCUCAGCUCUCCUCUGACGUACCUCAGCUCUCCUCUGACGUACCUCAGCUCUCCUCUGACGUACCUCAGCCCUCCUCUGACGUACCUCAGCCCUCCUCUGUCCUACCUCAGCCCUCCUCUGACAUACCUCAGCCCUCCUCUGUCCUACCUCAGCCCUCCUCUGUCCUACCUCAGCCCUCCUCUGACGUACCUCAGCUCUCCUCUGACGUACCUCAGCUCUCCUCUGACGUACCUCAGCUCUCCUCUGACGUACCUCAGCUCUCCUCUGACGUACCAAAGCUUUAAUGGUUUUGAUUGA